AUGGAUGUCUGUGACCUACAUGAGAACAGCUCCAAAUGCAGUGUGAACUCCAUGGAGUGCUUCAUGGUGCUCAGCACACAGGCACAGAAGAUCAGCAUUGCCACCCUGUGUGGCCUCUUUGGGAUCCUGUGCGUUUUGGAGAACAUUUUGGUGCUCUACUUGAUCUUCUCCUCCCCUGGCACCAGGAGAAAGCCUUCCUACCUCUUCAUCAGCAGCCUGGCCUUGGCUGACAUCCUGGCCAGCAUCAUCUUUGUCUGCAGCUUUGUUAGCUUCCAUGUCUUCAAGGAAACUGAUUUCUCCAAAGAAAUGUUCCUGCUGCAGCUGGCAGGGGUGACCACAUCCUUCUCUGCCUCCUUGAGCAGCCUGCUGCUGACAGCCCUGGACCGUUACCUCUCCAUCAGCAGACCCUCGGAAUACAAACUCCUCAUGACCAGGAGGAGGGCAGGGAUAGCCCUGGGGGUGCUCUGGCUCACCUGUGCCACCAUUGCUUCCCUGCCCCUCCUGGGCUGGAACUGCUGCACCCUCAAUUCCACCUGCUCCCAGCUCUUCCCCUUUGUGGAUGGCAGCUACCUGUCCAGCUGGCUCAGCCUCACCCUGCUGCUGCUGGGCUGCAUCAUCGCUGCCUACUCACACCUGCUGUGGAGGGCUCGCCGGCACGUGGCCUACAUGGGCAAGCACCAAGGGCAGGGGGGGAAGCAGGACAGCCGGAUGAGGAUGGAUGUCAUGCUGGCCAAGACCCUUGCCAUGGUGCUGGCAGUCCUUGUGCUGUGCUGGUCUCCAGUCCUCGCCCUCAUGACCUACAGCAUCUUCUGCAGGCUGAGCAACCGCCUGCGCAAGGUGUUUGCCUUCUGCAGCACCCUCUGCCUGCUCAAUUCCAUGGUGAACCCCAUCAUUUAUGCCCUGAGGAGCAAGGAGCUGUCUGCCUCCCUGAGGAUGGUCUUCUCUCACUUCAGGAGGCAGCUGAAGGCCCCUGAGGAAAGGCCAGAAGCAGAGAGCAGCCACAAGUCCUCCAUGAUAGAGACCAUCUGCGAGUAG